CCACCCCAUCAUACAGCAUCGGACAAAAAGUUAGGGAUUGAUUUAUAAGGCUCUCCAACCUUCCCACUUUCUCAGGGCAGCUUUUGGAGAGAGAGAUCACUAGAUCAUCGAGAGAGAGAGAUCAAAGAUAAAGACAUAAAUAGAAAGAUGUCAAGAGAUAAAAAGAGGGAAGCUUUGGAAGAGAAAUACCAGCUACUCCGUUCAGUCACCAACUCCAACGCCGCAAGCAAAGCGUCGAUUUUAGUUGAUGCUUCAAAACACAUACAAGAGUUGAAGGAAAAAGUUGCAAGGCUUAAUGAAGAUAUUAGCACUAGUUGUAGUUAUCAGAUUGAUCCUUCCAUUUCGAGUAACGUUGAAGAUCAUCAAAGAUCAUUUCCUAAGGUGAGUGUUCAAACCCUAGAAAAAGGGUUCCUAGUAAAUGUGUACUCAGAAAGAAGUUGCCCAGGCUUGUUGGUUUCCAUUCUUGAAGCCUUUGAAGAGUUGGGACUCGAAGUGCUGGAUGCUAAAGCUUCUUGUACGGAUCGCUUUGAGCUUGAAGCUGUUGGCGAAGAGAAUGAAGGAGUAGACAGCUUGGACGCCCAAAUAGUAAGACAAGCCGUGCUACAAGCUAUAAGGAAUUGGAGUGGGAGUACAUAAAGGUGCAAUGCAGAUUGCGGGCUCGAGCCCAUAAGUUGUUGUCGUUGCUGUGUACAUAUAUCUUAUGCUGCAUAACAUGUGCUACAUGCUUACAUU